CUUUCUUCUGUGAAUGUUUAUAAGUCUGUCCAAAUGACAUAAUAUAUUAAGAUUCCAAAUCUAGUGCAAAAAUGGCUACCCCAAAGAUACCUACAGUAGAUUUGACUCCUUUCUUCAAAGAAGGAUAUGAAGACGAAAAGAGAAAAAUCAUAGAUUCCAUUACUAAAGCCUGUUGUGAGUAUGGCUUUUUCCAAAUUGUUAAUCAUGGGGUGCCCCUUGAUCUCACUAGUCAAGCCCUGAAGGUCUCCAAGAAAUUUUUUGAAUCUCCAAAUGAUGCCAAACUCAAGUGCAGUCCACUGCCUAAUGCACCUGUUCCGGCAGGCUAUAACAAGAAGCCUAAUCCUUCUUAUGAGUUCAAUGAAUUUCUCAUCAUGCUUCCACCUGGCUCUGAUUUUAACAUCUUCCCGGAAAAUCCUCCUGAAUUUCGACAGGUGAUGGAAGAGUUAUUCUCCCAAUUCUUGAAGAUAGGGAUGGUUGUCGAGAGAAUCCUAAGCGAGUGUUUGGGGCUUCCUCCCUGUGUUCUUAAAGAGUUCAACGAUGACAGAAGCUGGGAUUUCCUCAUUGCUAUAUUUUACUUGCCGGCAACAGAGAAAGAAAGGAUAGGGGCAAAUCCACAUAAAGAUGUCAGUUGCUUCACAAUUGUGUUACAAGAUAAAGUUGCAGGCUUGGAGGUUGAAAAGGACGGCGAAUGGAUCCUAAUAGCCCCACAACCAGGUGCCCUUGUUGUCAAUAUCGGCGAUGCUCUUCAGGUCCUUACGAAUGACAAAUUCAAGAGUCCACGCCAUAGGGUGGUGAGACCAAAUGGAAGGUCGCGGAAUUCAUUUGCAUUCUUCCACAAUUUGUCAGGGGAUAAGUGGAUUCAACCACUGCCCCAGUUCACGAAAGAGAUUGUGGAACCACCAAAAUACAGGCCAUUCUUGUAUAAAGAGUAUCUGCAGAAAAGAAGAGAAAGCAAGUCUAAGAACGUUACCAGGCUUGAAGAUGAGAUUACCAUAUCGCAUUAUGCAGUCCCUGAGGAGUGAUGUUAGACAAAAUAAAAAGGUAAUGGCCUUGUAACUUGUAAGACAUUAGCUCAUGAUCUCGCUGUUUUCUGAUACUCACUGCUAUAAACUUACAAUAGGAGUGAUGUUACAGUGUGCUUGUUUGCUUCUGGAGUUCUCAAAUUCAAUAAUAUUUCCCCUCA